UUAAAAUUACAGUAAUCAAUUAAUUCAAUAUUUUAUUUUAGGGAUAUUUAUAUUUCCAACCUCAUUCAGGAACAAAUAAUGAAUUAAUAAAAAUAGAUAAAGAUACUUUAAAAGAAAAAGAGCAUAUUGAAUUAGAUGCAAGUGAAUGGGGACCAAGUGCUUGUUUUACAGAUGGGGAACAUGUGGGAAUUCUCACAGCUUCCAAAGAUGAUAGUUUUAUUGUUCGAACUUACAAAAGCUCAGUUUCUCCAAUGCCUUGUAUACAUGAACUCACUUUAAAAUUAGCACGAAAAUGUUUAGAUGUAUUUGGCUCAGGGAUUUUUGAUGAUGAUACAACAUUCCAUACAAUUAAUCUUUGUUCUGAAGACGAGCCAUUAAAUGUGGCAUGUGGUAAAGAUUUUGCUAUUGUUAAAUCUUCAUCUGGGAAAAUGUAUUUUACAGGAAAAUCCCAAAGUCUUGGUAUUAAACAAGGGGGACCAACAUUAGGAAAAUGGAAUGAAUUACCAAUUACUAAGUCACCUAAAAUUGUGCAAUAUUCUGUUGGACAUGAUGGACUUCAUGCUCUUUUAGUUUCUGAAGAGGGUGCCGUAUUUUUUGUAGGGCUUGCAAGAAGAGGAGAAGAUGGUGAUCAAAAUAAAGGACGUAGACAACCUAAACCUGUUAAACCAAAGAAAAUGAUAAAAAUGGAAGGACAUCAUGUUGUCACUACAGCUUGUAAUAAUGGUACUAGUGCUUUAGUUACUCGUGAUGGAGAACUUUAUCUUUUUGGGAAAGAUACUACUCACACAGAUCACAGUACAGGUGUAGUUACAGAAUUAAAAGAAGUUGUCAUUACUCAAGUGGCUUUAGGAAAAGCACACGUAGUGGCAUUAUCAAAUAAAGGUCAAGUGUACACUUUUGGAAUUAAUCAUAAAGGCCAGUGUGGUAGAGAAUUUAUGCAUAAUACAAAUAAAGAAGUUCAGCUGCCUGUUGCUAUGGCUACAGCACCUGAAGAAGAGGGUGAAGAUGAAGAAUUAGAAUCUGAAGAUCCAGAUUUUAUUUGCCCUCCAGGAAAACACAGAUGGAAACAUGAACAGUGCAUGGUUUGUACUGUAUGUGGUGAAUGCACUGGAUAUGGAUCUAGUUGUAUAGCAAGUGGAAGACCUGAUAGAAAUCCUGGAUUUGUGGCCAGUGGUUUCAAUCGAAUGAAUGGAAAGAAUUCAAGAGAGUCAGCCACACCUGCUUUACUUCUUUCUAGGCCAUGUGGAUGUGGAGCUGGUGAUUCUGGCUGUAUUGACUGUGGCUGUUGUCGAAGUUGUGCAAGAGAGAAUGAUCAAGAUGCAGAUGCCGCGUGGGGUCAAUUAGUAGCCGGGGGACUAGUUGACAAUAAGCAAGCCGAUAUUAUUGUUUUUGAUGUCAGAUACGGAGGAAGAGCUGGAGCACGCUUAGAAGACAGAUUACGAAGGAGAAUAGAAGAAUAUCGCAUUCGCCAAAGAAGAAAGCAAAUGCUCCAGUCGAUAAAAGCGAUGAAGUCCGGUCAUCCAGGUGUUCGAAAUUUGGCACUUAGACAAGAAACAUCGGAAAAAGUUGCUGUACUCGAAGAUGGAGUUGGAAGUGACCAUGAAAGAGAAGCCACUAAGUUGACAUCUUUGUCACCAGCACAAUUAUACAUGCCAACAGAUAGUCCUGUUGUGCAAAUUGCUUGUGGGAUGCAUCAUACAGUUUUAUUAUUACAAAAUGGUGAAAUAUAUACGUUUGGUAGUAAUCAGCAUGGACAGUUAGGUUUAAAUGAUUUCACAGUAAGGGGAUCUCCAACUUUAGUAAAAUUACCAGUUCCGAUAGCACAAGUUGCUGCUGGAAGUAAUCACACUGUUGCAUUAACUACACAAGGUCAAGUUUAUACUUUUGGAAGUUAUCAGAAAGGACAGUUAGGAAGAACCCCACCAAGUUUAUCUUCAGAAGAAGGAAAAAGGGCUCGUGAUAAGGAAUCAUUAUGGCAUGCAAUUCCUGGAAUUAUUCCUAACAUUGGUGCUAAACACGGUCGGAGGGCUUCAUGGAUCGGAGCAUCUGGAGACCAGACAUUUGUGAAAAUUGACGAAUCGCUAAUUAAUUCCUAUAAUUUAACAAAGUCGUGUGUAGUUGCAAAUAAAAACUGCAUUGGGAUUAUUCCAAGUAUUACUGAUCAAGGAUCAUCGUUUAAAUGUCUUAUGAUUAACAAAUUAGAUGGAAGUUGUAAAAGUUUUAAUUCGGCAGAUCAGUUGGAACUAAGAGAUUGUGCAAUCUGUCUGGAUAGUGUUUACAAUGUUUUGUGGAGCUUUAAUCCUCUCACUCAAAGAAUAUGUCAAUAUAACAUCAUUGCAACGGAAGCUCGUGUCUUGCCAAGUUCUUUUUCAUCAAAUUUAGCAAAUUCAAAUAUAUCCACUUCUAAUGUCAAGAAAAAUAUACAUCCUCUUCCAAAUAUUCUCAGUUCAGAGUUAUCUUUACCUUCACAAGCGGGUUGUCCUGUUAGUAGAUCUCAUGCAGCUUUACAUUUAUUAUGUUGCUUGGAUACUCUUACUGCUGCUCAGGAACAAAACUGGAUCAUUCAUAGCGAUGAGAAAGGAAAACAAAGUACAAAUAAAGUAUAUAGUAAAGACGAUUUUUCUGUUGUAAAUAGAUUUGAAAGUCACGGUGGAGGAUGGGGAUAUUCUGGUCAUUCAAUCGAAGCGAUUCGUUUUAUGGCCGAUACUGAUAUUCUGUUGGGAGGAUUUGGAUUAUUUGGAGGAAGAGGUGAAUAUACUGCAAAAUUAAAGAUAAUUAUUAUAAUUUUUCACAGCUUUAAUCCUCUCACUCAAAGAAUAUGUCAAUAUAACAUCAUUGCAACGGAAGCUCGUGUCUUGCCAAGUUCUUUUUCAUCAAAUUUAGCAAAUUCAAAUAUAUCCACUUCUAAUGUCAAGAAAAAUAUACAUCCUCUUCCAAAUAUUCUCAGUUCAGAGUUAUCUUUACCUUCACAAGCGGGUUGUCCUGUUAGUAGAUCUCAUGCAGCUUUACAUUUAUUAUGUUGCUUGGAUACUCUUACUGCUGCUCAGGAACAAAACUGGAUCAUUCAUAGCGAUGAGAAAGGAAAACAAAGUACAAAUAAAGUAUAUAGUAAAGACGAUUUUUCUGUUGUAAAUAGAUUUGAAAGUCACGGUGGAGGAUGGGGAUAUUCUGGUCAUUCAAUCGAAGCGAUUCGUUUUAUGGCCGAUACUGAUAUUCUGUUGGGAGGAUUUGGAUUAUUUGGAGGAAGAGGUGAAUAUACUGCAAAAUUAAAGUUAUUUGACAUUGGAAUUGAAGGAGGUGAUCAAGAAACUGAUGGUGAGUUAUUAGCAGAAACAGAAGAAAUUCCUUAUGAAUGCGGAGCAAGACAAAAGUUUCCAAUGUUGUUUGAUGAGCCAGUAUCUAUUCAAGCCAACCGAUGGUAUGUGGCUUGGUCUAGGAUAUCUGGUCCGAGCAGUGAUUGUGGAUCGAGUGGUCAAUCUGUUGUAACAACUGAAGAUCAAGUUGUUUUUUAUUUUAAAAGUUCAAAGAGAUCAAAUAAUGGUACUGAUGUUAAUGCUGGUCAAAUCCCUCAAUUAUUGUACAGAAUUAUAACUCAUGAUAUACAGUCGUCAUCUCAUUCAACGGAUAUUUUGGAACCUGUUUGCAUUUUAAGUAAAGACUUCUCUCACACUGUAACACCAGAUUGUUUUCAUUCAUUAUUGAAAUUAUUACGCUGGGCGUGGCAAUCAUUUAAAGCAGGCUUAUGUGAAGCUGCCGAAAGUUCAUCGGUUCCUGCAACUGCAGUCGUUCUUGAUCUUGAAAGAUUGGUAUAUAUAUGUUGCGCAAGUCUUCAUCUCCUUCAUAUAUAUAUAAAUGAAAUAUAUCCCAAUUCUUCUGUGUCAAGAAAAGUUCCAGUCGAAAUACUUAAGCUGGCCGAGUGUGUUGCAGAUGCAAGAGCGUUACUUCGGCAUAUUCUUUCCGAUCAAAUCCCGUUAAAUACACUUCAGUCUUGCAAUGCGCCACAUAACAUUUCCUCGACAACCUCUCUAAUCAGCUUAGUUCACACAGUGCUUGAGGAAUGUCAUCAAACAUUUCUAGGAUGUUUUCAUGCAUUUUAUCCAAGUUCUCAGUUGAAAUGGAGAGGACUUUGUGAUCUUUUAUUAACAGUAGAUGUGCCUUGGGCAGAAGAUUCAAGAGAGAAUGAUCAUCUUUUAGCUGCUGUUUUAGCAUCGUUAUGUGGUCCUUCUAUUCGUCUGACAUCAACUCUUCCAAUUAAUUUGGAUCAAGACAUGAUGACUGAAGGUAUUGUUCCCACUACACCCGAUGGAAGUACAGAAAAUUCUAUUCUAGGAAAUGGACAAAAUCAAGAAAUGUCAAUUGGAAUUGGAAGUUGUGAUAGUCUACGGUACCCAGUAUUAACAGAAUGCAUGAUAACGAGAACAGAAAGAGAAGGAUGCCAUCCUGGACCAUGUAGUUUUAAAGAUGUUUUGGAUCAUCUUUUAACAAUAGUUGUUCAACCUGUUAAAGUAAUGUUGAGACAGGAACCUCAGAAUUAUUCAUUCAAAUUGAUUACAAAUACUUGUGCUCUUCUUGCUGUUAUAGUAGCUGAAUUAUGUUAUCAGACAGCUGGAACGAUUUUGGACGUCCAUAGUUCUACAGGACAGGUAUUACAUUUAACACCUACUCGAUUUACUCGGGUUAGUCAGAAUCGUACCUGGAAUACAGGAAAUGGCUCUCCCGACGCAAUAUGUUUUAGUGUUGAUAGACCUGGAAUUCUGAUUGCUGGUGUUUGUGUAUUUGGUGGAGUUGGUAAUGAAUGGCAUUAUGAAUUAGAGUUACUUGACGAUCAAAGUAAUGCAGGUAAUGAUCCAUCACAUACUCAGAGAUGGAAAACUUUGGCUAUUGUAAGAGGUACAUUUGGCCCCGAAGACUGUUAUAGUGAUGUUGCAGAGUUAAAAUUCGAAUGUCCAGUUGCCAUUAAGUUCAGUUUCCUGUUACAUGAGUGUACUCCUCAAGAUUCAGAAACUUUACAAAAUAGUCGCGAUUUAGCAGAACUACAAGCCAGAAAAAAUGCUUUGUCAAUUUGCAGUGCCAUAGUUAAAUCUGCUUCUGAUCUUUUGUUAGAAGCUCAGUCAGAAGAUGAUGAAGAUAUCUUAAAUAGCAUUGGUUCUUCUCAUCUCGUUACAAUGCUUUUACCUUUAAUUUUGGCCCAUUUGGGACCAGUUGCUACAAGUGAUCCUAGAAGUGCUGUUCAAGUAUUAAGUAUGGUUCAAGAUUUGCUUCCUCUUGUUGCAAAUUUAAAUAAAAGAGGAAUUAAAAGUUUGCCAUCUCCAGCUAAAACAUUAGAAUCAAACAGCAGUGAUCACGGAGAAUCAAAUUUGUCCACCACUUCUAAUCAUUAUGCAAUUGUGGAAAGCGAUCAUCCGUAUAGACCUGCGACAAUAGCAAAUUACAGGGUUACCUUUCCUCCAUCGGUAAAAUGGCUAUCAUUGGAGUUUGAUCCACAGUGUGGAACUGCUCAAGCAGAAGAUUGUCUCCAGUUAUACAUACCUAGCAUUGAUUCCAAUGGCAUUUGGUUAUCAUCACAGGCCAUGAAUAUUAAUGGGUCUCAUGAUGAUGACGACGACUCCUACACGCCGUAUUGGCCAGUUCUUCGGAAGUUUAGUGGAAACACCGAUUGGCCUAAUGCUGCACUUAUACUUCCUGGCAAUGAGGUAGUGUUUUCAUUAGAAACUGCAUCCGAUUAUGUUAAAGAUGACAAAGCUUGCUUUUACGGAUUCAGUUGUCAAGUUGUAGGAUUUGAAUGUCCUCAAUUAAGUGGCCAUAGUUUUAAAUCUGGAUCAUCUCUUGAAGGCUUGCGACAUUUAGAGAGAGAAUUAGCCUAUCUCGGAGGCAUGUGUUCCGCAUCGCUUAUGAGAAGAGAUUUACUUUUACCUCCCGCAUCAAUUGGUGAAGUUGAAGAAGAUUUGGACUUGAUUGAAGAACUUGCACAUCAGGUAUAAAAUGAUCACUCUAAUCUUCUGUCUAAGGGUUUUGCUCUUGCGCAUCCUCCGACAAUACAUCAGGCUUUAGAAGGGAUUCUUCCCUUUAGUAAUCAGUCUAAUGAGCAUUCCUUUCUUCGAGACUUUGUUACAUGUGCAACUGGUACUAGUGGAGGAAGAUUAGCUAGUUGGUUACAGCCAGAAUCGUAUGUGGAUCCUAAGAAAUGUGAAUUAUUAUGCAGUCAAGAUGAAUUAAAAUGUGGAUGGCCAGCAAUAAUAACUGUUAUAACAAAAGAUCAGUAUGGUAAAAUAGUCCACGUUCCAAAUUUGAAGGUAGAAGUAAAAGCUGUUCCGCAUAAUGUAUACGAUGCCGGAAGCGGAGAUCCGAGUAGAAAAGUUCCUAGAGUUAGUCAGCCGGAAACGGGAGUCAUGACAUUUGGGAGUCAUCCACCACCGAACUUAGAUACUCCUUACGAAAUAACAGUAAAGGAUAAAAUGUUUUAUUAUGCUAUCACUGUUAUGAAGGCAUACGAGAAUUAUUCUUUCGAAGAACUAAGAUACGUUUCACCUACUAAAAAACGUCUUAUUGAAAAUAUGUUAGUCCGAGCCAAUAGCGACGGCACUUACACUGCUAAUUGGAAUCCUGGUUCUGUAGGAUGGUAUUUAUUGCAAGUUACUAUUGAUGGAUUUGAUGUAGGUGGUUCUCAACAGAGAUCAGUUGAAGUUAAAGAACCUCCACAAGGUCUAACGCUUCCUGCCAAAAAUGUUAGCCAAAAAACAUCAUACCAACCAAGCAAGGUUCGUAAGUUUUGCACUAAAUAUAGUGCAGGAUUAAGAAUAAGAAGUCAUCCUUCUUUACAAAGUGAACAGAUUGGUAUUGUUCAAGUUAAUAGUACCAUAACAUUUGUUGAUGAGAUACAUAAUGAUGAUGGUGUUUGGAUAAGAUUAAGUACAGAAACUGUAAGAAAGUACUGUCAGAAUGGAUAUACAGAAGCAUGGUGUCUGCAAUAUAAUCAGCAUUUAGGAAAAACUUUACUUGUACCUGUAGAUGAACCAAAGUCAGUCUUAUCGGAAUUUUUUAAAGAAAAACCGUCGCCUGUUAAAAAAUCUCUUGACGAUUUAUCGAAGGAUCGGCCACGCUUAAAGAGAGGACCUGGUGUAUACCAUGUAGUCAAAUGUGGUGCUUCUGGGCAUAAUAUUCGAAGUAGACCUAGCUUGAAAGCUUCUCCUGUUGGCAUGUUAGUUCUUGGCAACACAGUUAACAUCAUGAAAGAUAUGUGUAAUAUGGACGGAACAUGGGUGAAGUUAGAUAAAGAAAGCAUGCAAAGAUACUGCUUUAAUACAGAUGGCGAAGCAUGGUCUUUAUCUCAGAGUAGAACUGAUAUUAUUUAUCUACAACAUGAGGCUGAAAUAAUGCAAGCUGGAGAUAGUGAUGAAGAAAAGGGAAAAGUCUCUUCGAAAUUUGGAAUGGAAACUAAUUUACCGGCAGAAUCUCCCAACGUUCCAUUUAAUGCAACGUACGGAAAUAAUCGUGGUUAUGAUUUUGCAGCAGCUGCACAGCAGCAACCAAUUUUUGGGCAGAAUAUAGAUUUCAAGUGUCCGAACGAUGUGGCUGUAUGCAAUACAAGAAGUAUGUUUACAUUUGGAAGUGGAACUUCUGAUCAAGAAGGUGGUUCUUCAGGGUCUGCUAGCCCUUUUGUAUUUGGUUCACCAGUUUCUACUCCAUCGACUUCAAUGAACACAUUGGCAGAAUCAGAAAAAACAGAAACGGAUCGUUCCGAAAAAGAUUCCUUGAGUAGUGGAGGAAGGGUAGCAGCAUUACAAAAAUGGUUGAAGGAAGAAAGUGUCCUAAGAAAUACUGAACCUUUUCGUAAUUCUUUACCUCGUGAUAUUCCACCUGAAUUGCAAGGAGUAUCUGUAAAAGAUCUAGUUAAAGCAAUCGGUGAAAGUAGAGCUAAUGGAAAUACUGCAACUCCACCUAGAACACCUCCCAAUACACCACCUAUUCCUCGUCGAAGCUCCAGAAGUUCUAGUCCUAUGUCUGUGGUGGGAAUUCCCAGGAUAUCAUCUAGUCGCAGUUCGAGUCCUAUCGCUGUUCCUACCACUAGAUCUUGUAGUGAAGGUCAGCAUUUAGGUGGUGUGAUAUUAUCAUCAUCGUCAUCAUCUCCCCCUGUAAGUGGUUCUCCCAAAAAUGUUUUAUCUCAUGCUGCUUCGGUUCAAGAAACCUGGGGAAAUUCUCCUCCAACAGUUUCACCUAAAACUUCUGGAUUGCUUAGAAGAAGCUCUUUACAAAGUGAUACCAGUGUUAGUUCUCAUUUUAGCAGUAUUUUAAAAGAAUUAUCACAAAGUUCAGCAACUGGAUGCAUAGGUUGUAUUACACAGAGGAAUACAAUAAGUCCAAUUAGUACUCCAGGAACUCCAGGGACUCCGUGUACUCCCGGAACUCCCAAAAAGGAAAUGAAUCCAAAUGCAAAGUCAGUAACACAAACUGGCACUCAAACAAGUCCUGAUGGUGUAAAAGGCCAUUUUAAUAUUGGAACUGCUGGUAGUAAAGACGAAUCACCUAGAGUCUCUCCUAAACUCUCACGAAAGGAACGAUCGUCUCGACAGUUUCGUAACAAAAGAGAAAGAGCGCAGUCUCCUGCACCCAUAUCUCAUGACAAAAGUAUGAAAGAUAAACAUUCUUCAAAAGAAAGUAUUAAAGAAGCUAUGUCGCCUUCGGUUGCAGAAUGUUUACGUGCUGUAUUUGCUGCAUUUUUAUGGCAUGAAGGAAUUGUGCAUGAUGCAAUGGCUUGUGCUUCUUUUUUAAAAUUUAAUCCUCAUCUUUUAAAACAAAGUACAAAAUCUCAUGCAAAAAUUCGAGAAAAAUCUGAAACGUCGCAGUUAACAAAAGAACAGAAAGCACGGUUAAGGUACUCUGUUGAGGUAUCAUCACCCAUUUUGUUAAAUAUACCACCAUCUUCACUAGAGCCAGUAACUUCCCCAUUAAUAAAUGCAAAUAUUAAUAAAAACAAAUUGAGAAAGACUACUUUACCUAUUAGAGAAGAAAGUAUGAAUGAUACUAUGUCUUCUAAAGAUGUUCAUUCACAUGUAAAGUCUAACGAUUUAAGUUAUUUACAAACUCAUAAAAGUAACGAAAAAUCCUUAUUACCUCAGUCUCUUCAGCAUUUAGUAAUUCUCUGGGAACAAAUUUCGGCUGCUUCAUUAAGAGCAAUUGUCCAACAACUUAUAUUACCUAGUCCUGUUACUGAAAGUAAAGUAUUUCAAAGAUUAGAAAAAGAAAGAAGUGAAAGGGAGAAGGAAAAAAAGCAAAAAAAGAAAAAGGAAUACAGACCAGUUCUUUCCUCGAGAGGAAACUUGUUUGGAGAUGCAGCUAGUGGAUCAUUGGGUGGUUUGGAAAGAGAAACAAUGUGUGAAUUAUGUGGCAUCUUUUAUCCUCAUCCUGUCACUUAUCAUAUGCGCCAGGCCCAUCCUGGUUGUGGUGAUCAUGCUGGUGGAAAAGGAUAUAACAGUGGUGGUAAUUUUUGUGGUGGGUGGGCUGGAAAUUGUGGUGAUGGUGGUAUUGGGGGAAGUAGCUGGUAUUUAAUUUGUGAUAGAUGUAGGGAAAAAUAUUUACGUCAGAAAAGACAAGUUAUGAUGAAGGAAAAAGUCAGAAGAUCUCACAAAAAGUCCACUCCCACAAAGUUACUGUCACCGUUGCCACCUAUGGAGGCACAUAUAGUUAUGAAAAACAAUGCACUCUUUCUGUUAGAAUUAUCUUCUGCCGCAAGUUUAGGACUGUCUUCUAAAUCAUUAACAUUAGUUCGGCGGAAUCCAUUUGGAGGAAUGCCAAGUGUUUUAGAACAGGGUGCAGCAGUUGACAAUAACCCUUUCCCGAUUGGUUCCUUCCAGUGUUUAGAAAUGCUUGGAGUUCAACAAGCUUACAACAAUAUGAUUGGAGAGGAAUUUCUCUCCGAAGAAGACAUUCGUGCUUUACAAAACGAUGCUGAAGGUAUUGGUAUGGGACUAGUUGAUGUUCCACAAGGAAUUAUGCGAUCAAUCACAAUGAAUGGUGGUUCUGAUCUUCAUGUAAUAAAAAGAGAGAGAAAACGUUCAAAAGGUUCAAAAGAUGGUGAAACUCGUGCCUUUCAUAGAUCUAUAUCUGUUGGUUUAACUUAUCGUGAUUGGAAUAAACAAGAAGGUGAAGGUCUUACUGAAGGAAGAGUGAUAAUGACUCGAAAAAGGAACAAUAGUAGUGGAAGUGAAGGUAUUUAUAAAUUCUCUACUUUUAUUUCCUAUUACUUAACACUGAAUAUAUUAAGACCUGGUGUAUACCAUGUAGUCAAAUGUGGUGCUUCUGGGCAUAAUAUUCGAAGUAGACCUAGCUUGAAAGCUUCUCCUGUUGGCAUGUUAGUUCUUGGCAACACAGUUAACAUCAUGAAAGAUAUGUGUAAUAUGGACGGAACAUGGGUGAAGUUAGAUAAAGAAAGCAUGCAAAGAUACUGCUUUAAUACAGAUGGCGAAGCAUGGUCUUUAUCUCAGAGUAGAACUGAUAUUAUUUAUCUACAACAUGAGGCUGAAAUAAUGCAAGCUGGAGAUAGCGAUGAAGAAAAGGGAAAAGUCUCUUCGAAAUUUGGAAUGGAAACUAAUUUACCGGCAGAAUCUCCCAACGUUCCAUUUAAUGCAACGUACGGAAAUAAUCGUGGUUAUGAUUUUGCAGCAGCUGCACAGCAGCAACCAAUUUUUGGGCAGAAUAUAGGUAUGUUUACAUUUGGAAGUGGAACUUCUGAUCAAGAAGGUGGUUCUUCAGGGUCUGCUAGCCCUUUUGUAUUUGGUUCACCAGUUUCUACUCCAUCGACUUCAAUGAACACAUUGGCAGAAUCAGAAAAAACAGAAACGGAUCGUUCCGAAAAAGAUUCCUUGAGUAGUGGAGGAAGGGUAGCAGCAUUACAAAAAUGGUUGAAGGAAGAAAGUGUCCUAAGAAAUACUGAACCUUUUCGUAAUUCUUUACCUCGUGAUAUUCCACCUNUUGUGUUAAGUGGUGUGAUAUUAUCAUCAUCGUCAUCAUCUCCCCCUGUAAGUGGUUCUCCCAAAAAUGUUUUAUCUCAUGCUGCUUCGGUUCAAGAAACCUGGGGAAAUUCUCCUCCAACAGUUUCACCUAAAACUUCUGGAUUGCUUAGAAGAAGCUCUUUACAAAGUGAUACCAGUGUUAGUUCUCAUUUUAGCAGUAUUUUAAAAGAAUUAUCACAAAGUUCAGCAACUGGAUGCAUAGGUUGUAUUACACAGAGGAAUACAAUAAGUCCAAUUAGUACUCCAGGAACUCCAGGGACUCCGUGUACUCCCGGAACUCCCAAAAAGGAAAUGAAUCCAAAUGCAAAGUCAGUAACACAAACUGGCACUCAAACAAGUCCUGAUGGUGUAAAAGGCCAUUUUAAUAUUGGAACUGCUGGUAGUAAAGACGAAUCACCUAGAGUCUCUCCUAAACUCUCACGAAAGGAACGAUCGUCUCGACAGUUUCGUAACAAAAGAGAAAGAGCGCAGUCUCCUGCACCCAUAUCUCAUGACAAAAGUAUGAAAGAUAAACAUUCUUCAAAAGAAAGUAUUAAAGAAGCUAUGUCGCCUUCGGUUGCAGAAUGUUUACGUGCUGUAUUUGCUGCAUUUUUAUGGCAUGAAGGAAUUGUGCAUGAUGCAAUGGCUUGUGCUUCUUUUUUAAAAUUUAAUCCUCAUCUUUUAAAACAAAGUACAAAAUCUCAUGCAAAAAUUCGAGAAAAAUCUGAAACGUCGCAGUUAACAAAAGAACAGAAAGCACGGUUAAGGUACUCUGUUGAGGUAUCAUCACCCAUUUUGUUAAAUAUACCACCAUCUUCACUAGAGCCAGUAACUUCCCCAUUAAUAAAUGCAAAUAUUAAUAAAAACAAAUUGAGAAAGACUACUUUACCUAUUAGAGAAGAAAGUAUGAAUGAUACUAUGUCUUCUAAAGAUGUUCAUUCACAUGUAAAGUCUAACGAUUUAAGUUAUUUACAAACUCAUAAAAGUAACGAAAAAUCCUUAUUACCUCAGUCUCUUCAGCAUUUAGUAAUUCUCUGGGAACAAAUUUCGGCUGCUUCAUUAAGAGCAAUUGUCCAACAACUUAUAUUACCUAGUCCUGUUACUGAAAGUAAAGUAUUUCAAAGAUUAGAAAAAGAAAGAAGUGAAAGGGAGAAGGAAAAAAAGCAAAAAAAGAAAAAGGAAUACAGACCAGUUCUUUCCUCGAGAGGAAACUUGUUUGGAGAUGCAGCUAGUGGAUCAUUGGGUGGUUUGGAAAGAGAAACAAUGUGUGAAUUAUGUGGCAUCUUUUAUCCUCAUCCUGUCACUUAUCAUAUGCGCCAGGCCCAUCCUGGUUGUGGUGAUCAUGCUGGUGGAAAAGGAUAUAACAGUGGUGGUAAUUUUUGUGGUGGGUGGGCUGGAAAUUGUGGUGAUGGUGGUAUUGGGGGAAGUAGCUGGUAUUUAAUUUGUGAUAGAUGUAGGGAAAAAUAUUUACGUCAGAAAAGACAAGUUAUGAUGAAGGAAAAAGUCAGAAGAUCUCACAAAAAGUCCACUCCCACAAAGUUACUGUCACCGUUGCCACCUAUGGAGGCACAUAUAGUUAUGAAAAACAAUGCACUCUUUCUGUUAGAAUUAUCUUCUGCCGCAAGUUUAGGACUGUCUUCUAAAUCAUUAACAUUAGUUCGGCGGAAUCCAUUUGGAGGAAUGCCAAGUGUUUUAGAACAGGGUGCAGCAGUUGACAAUAACCCUUUCCCGAUUGGUUCCUUCCAGUGUUUAGAAAUGCUUGGAGUUCAACAAGCUUACAACAAUAUGAUUGGAGAGGAAUUUCUCUCCGAAGAAGACAUUCGUGCUUUACAAAACGAUGCUGAAGGUAUUGGUAUGGGACUAGUUGAUGUUCCACAAGGAAUUAUGCGAUCAAUCACAAUGAAUGGUGGUUCUGAUCUUCAUGUAAUAAAAAGAGAGAGAAAACGUUCAAAAGGUUCAAAAGAUGGUGAAACUCGUGCCUUUCAUAGAUCUAUAUCUGUUGGUUUAACUUAUCGUGAUUGGAAUAAACAAGAAGGUGAAGGUCUUACUGAAGGAAGAGUGAUAAUGACUCGAAAAAGGAACAAUAGUAGUGGAAGUGAAGAUAACAGUAGUUCAUUUCUAUGUCAACCUUCUGCUGCUCUUACUAAACUUGUUGCAUCUGCUACUGAAAGACCAGGGGCUGUUGUAGAAUUUCUUCUACAAAGGCCUGUUAUGUUAUUUAUUCUUCAAAGGCAUGAUCUGGGUAGUUUACAGCUGGCUAUGAAGCAGGCAUUAAGGAAAGCCUCUUGUAGAGUUUAUGCAAUGCAGGCUUUAAAUUGGUUACUACGAAGUGUUACGCAACCUACUUCAUUACACGAUUUACUGUGGUGUCUAGUAGCUGCUCUUGCUCCUUCUCCAAUAGAAUGUACAGAAGAAAAUGAGGGUGAAGUAGAUCAGGGUGAAAAAAAAGAACACGAUGGAAUUCCUCCAAGCACAAGAUCAUCAAAAGCAGACAAGCAUGGCUCUAAUCUAAGGGAUAAAGAUCUAAGUGUAUGCGAACAUCCAUUAUCAGAUAUAACGAUUGCUGGAGAAGCAGCUCAUCCACUUCCUCAAACAUUUCAUGCAUUGUUGCAGACUAUAUCAGAUUUAAUGAUGCUUCUUCCUAUGGGUUCAGCAUUACAACAAAUGGCAAUGAGAUGUUGGUGUUUAAAAUUUCAGCCUUCUGAUCAUAGUUUUUUACACAGAAGUCAUGUCUUUUCAAAUAUUAGCAAGAUUUUAUCAAGAACGGAAGAAGAAGGUGAAGAUGUAGGAAAUACAUCCGCAGAUAGCAGUCAGGUGACAGCAGUCGUCGAAUCUUUGAAAGACGUUACAUCAUUAGUCGAUAUCAAAGCUUCUAGUCGUCAAGCUAUGGUUAACAGUUUAACCGACAAUUCGACGGAAACAUUUUGGGAAAGCGGAGAUGAAGAUCGAAAUAAGACAAAGAGUCUCACUCUGAUAUGUAGUAUACAAGCUAGACCUAAAACUGUUUAUGUUCACAUUGAUAAUUGUAGAGAUUUAGGAAAUAAAGUUUCAAAUAUUAUAUUCAGAUCAGGAAAUAAUUCAGAAGAAUUAAAAAAAUUAAAACAGGUGGAUGUUGAAAAUCGCUACACUGGCUGGGUGAGCUGUGUUCUACCAGAUGUUAGGCAUAAUUAUAUCAAGUUAGAGCUGAAAGGACCGGAUAAUACAUUAAGACUGAGACAAGUAAAAGUUCUGGGGCAGUCAUUUGGAGACAGUUCAAAUGCUGUGAAAUCCUCAACGGCAUCUCAAAUACAACAGAAAAACUGUGAAACAGAAACACUUAAAGUUUUUCGAUUAUUAACAUCACAGGUCUUUGGGAAAUUAGUUUCUGGUGAAGCUGAAGGAUUGGAAGAGAAGGAAUUAUUAAUAGGAAACAAUUUAGAAAGAGCUGGACAAGUGCAUGGAGUCGAAACAAGCAACGAUCUAAAGGAGCAUAUGGUUGGAAUUUUAUUCAGUCGCAGUAAAUUGACUCAUUUACAAAAACAGGUUUGUGCUCAUAUUGUUGCCGCUAUUAGAAAAGAAGCAGCUAGAGUGCGUGAAGAAUGGGAAGUUCUUCUCUGCAGUAAAUCUCAGUCUGUCGAAGAAUUGCCAAAAUCAUCUGAUGCAUAUUGUUUUGAAAUGCUUUCAAUGGUUCUUGCUUUAAGUGGGUCUAGUGUUGGAAGAACAUAUUUGGCACAGCAGGCUGGUUUAUUACGUGAUCUUUUCAGUUUAUUACAUACAGGAUCUGCGCGAGUUCAGCGACAGGUUACUUCAUUAUUAAGGAGAGUUUUACCUGAAGUAUCACCACAAACUUUAGCAUCAAUACUUGGUGUACCAUCGUUACCUCCAACAGAUUUCAGUAUAGUCUCUGAAGUAAGCAAACUUUCCCAGCAAGCAGAGCAGCCAUAUGAUCUGCAUCGCAUGGGAAUUCUAGAUGUAUUCCUUUCCUGCAUCGCUAAGGCAUUAACUGUACAAAUGAAAGUUAAAGGUUCUACAAAUGCCAGUGGAAAAGGAGUUACAACUAUCACAUUAGCAACAUCAAUUCAUCCAAGAGACUAUAUUGGAGCGAGAUGGUGGUUACGAGGGUGCAUGGCUCGAAAGUUAGCUGAAGUAAUUAUUCAGUUACUCAAAGAUAUGGCUACUGGAAAACUGACAGAAGCUUGGGCUACCGUUACUAAAGGUGCUAUUGCAGAAAACAUUCUUAAUCUUACAAAAUUAGAUGAUCAUUAUCGAAUGCCUAAUGAAUGCCUCCGCACACCAACGUUAUGGUUAUCAUUAGCUUCACUUUGUGUUUUGGAUCAAGAACAUGUUGAACGUUUAUCAUCAGGACAGUGGGUUGGUGGUGCCGAUGGUCAACAAUCACAACCUCGUCCUACAUGUGAUAAUCAUGACGAUGGGGAAACACCUGCAAUUAUCUUGUGUAGUUCCUGUGGAAAUUUAUGUGCUGAUUGUGAUAGAUUUCUUCACCUACAUAGAAGAACCCGCUCUCAUCAAAGACAGGUUUUCAAAGAAGAAGAAGAGGCAAUAAAAGUUGAUUUGCAUGAAGGUUGCGGAAGAACAAAAUUAUUUUGGGUUAUGGCAUUAGCUGAUUCAAAAACUUUGAAAGCAAUGGUUGAAUUUAGAGAAGGAACAAGAAGUAAGAGCAGUUCGUCCGGAACUUGUCGUUUCUGUGGUUCAACAGGUAAUACUGGUCUACUUGCUAUUGGAAAUGUGUGCAGUGAAUCGGAAUGCCAGGAACAUGCUCGAAGUGCCUGUACAAAACUUCUUCCGUGUGGUCACAUGUGUGGUGGAAUUUGUAACGAACUUUCAUGUUUACCUUGUUUACACGGUUGUGGUGGUGAAACAACUGGUUUAAAACAAGAUGCUGACGAUAUGUGUAUGAUUUGUUUUAUUGAAGCACUUUCUUCAGCUCCGGCUAUACAGCUUCAAUGUGGUCACGUAUUUCAUCUUCACUGUUGUCGUGCUGUAUUAACAAAAAAAUGGACAGGGCCUCGAAUUACAUUUGGGUUUUCGCUUUGUCCUAUUUGCAAGGCACCCAUGAAUCACUUGGUUUUGAAAGAUCUUUUAGAUCCUAUACGUUCCUUGUAUGAAGACGUAAAACGGAAGGCUCUUAUGAGGCUAGAAUACGAAGGUUUGCAUAAAGCCGAAGCUAUCACUACCCCAGGUGCAAGGUUCUAUAGCGAUCCAGCUGGUUUUUCUAUGGAACGUUAUGCAUAUUAUGUAUGCUAUAAAUGUAAAAAGGCUUAUUAUGGAGGAGAAGUUCGAUGUGAUGCAGAAGCCGGAAUUGGUGAAGAUUAUGAUCCAACUGAAUUGGUUUGUGGUGCCUGUUCUGAUAUAUCAAGAGCACAGAUGUGUCCAAAACACGGUACAGAUUUUCUGGAAUACAAAUGUCGCUACUGCUGUUCUGUUGCAGUGUUCUUCUGUUUUGGAACUACUCAUUUUUGUAAUGCCUGUCAUGAUGAUUUUCAGCGGGUUACAAACAUACCUAAACACGAACUUCCACAUUGUCCUGCAGGUCCGAAAGCUAAACAGUUGGAAGGAGACGAAUGCCCUCUUCACGUCACUCACCCUCCGACAGGUGAAGAAUUUGCAUUAGGUUGUGGAGUUUGUCGAAAUGCACAUACAUUUUGAAUCAAAUUCUUUUAGCAAAGUUUUUGUACAUAUUGAUCAAAAUUAUUAAGGAAAAAAUAUUUACAAUUACAAAGAAGAAUGUACAACUUUUGAUAUGUACAUAUUAUGUAUGGUCUGAUAAAUAUGUCAGCAUAAUUUUUAAGAGAUAUACAGAGAUUUAAUAAUUUAAUAAAAUUAUAACUCCCUCUUGUACAUUACGAAUUAAGUCCAAAACCAAAACGAAAAGCCAGGUAAUAUUUUACGUAGUAUUUAGUACCUGUGUUACGAUGUGUAUUUUAAGUACGGAAGCAGCCUAAUGAGACUACAUAAAAUGUUUUAUUUUUUAAACGCCGUUCCAUUCUCCUCUAUUUUAGUGAUAUUUGGUUGUUUAUAAUUCUUAAAAGCGGAGCCGACAGAACCGAAAUUGACUUUUUUCAAUUAUAAUUCCAUAGGCACUGUAUGCCUUUUAUAAAAACUGUGAUAUUUUGUUAAAGAGGAAAUAUUGAUUUCGUUUGGAAAAUUACAACCCUCGCGGUCGACGUCUGAAUAUAGAAUGUGUGUGGUAUGGGUGCUCAUUAUUUUUAUGCUAUUGAUUACGGCUCAAUUUUAGGAGAACAAUUCUGAUUUAAUCUCUGUCAGGAGAUUAAAAACAAUACUCGCACAGUUCAAAAAAGAGAGAAUAUUGUCAUCGGUGUGUAUUAUAUUGAUGUAUGAGUGCACAUAAUAGAAUUAUGUAUAUUAAAAUUACAUUUGCCAUUAAAUCAUCUUUCAUUACAAAUCAUUUCCUAUGGCUUUAUUGUAUUAUAUUUCAUUUAAGUUCAGACCAUAAAAAUACUCAUUAAUUUAUAUGGAAAAUUGGUAUUUUCUCGAUAUAAAAAUAAAACUACUUAAGCAUUUCUGACUUAUUUUUAAAGGAAAUCCAACUUUUCUUAAAUUAAAAUCAAUCAAAUCGUCUUCAAGCAUGUCAAACUGAAACUGUAAAUUAAAGUAAAAAUGAAAAUUAAAACGAUAUAAUAAUAAAUUUAUAAUUAUAUCCAAACUUUUGUUAAUUUUGUGAGAUAUUUGCAAAAUGAUCCGGCAGGGUGUAAAAUCAGAAGAUUAAAUUUCCAAGUGAUUAGUGUCAUUUUAAAAUUUGUGCAUUGAUUUCAGUUACUUAUGUCAAAAAUAGAGUUUAUUAGACUAAAGUGCUGCAGACAUUAGUAAAAAAAUAAUGCUUUAAUUAAUGGUUCCAUUAAAAAUAUUUUACAUAUUGAUUUAUAAUUACUAACAAAUAAAUGUAAUAUAUUCUGACAGAAAUAAUGGUGUUUAAAAAUUUGAAAAAAAGCAUAAAAUAUUAGAGAGGUUGUGGCCGACGUUUUCAGCCCAAAACGUGAACCUCUGACGUCGAGCACCACCAUCUGGAAAUUCUAGAAGAUUGAUAAUGGCGUUUGCUACGUAUAGCAUGGCGAGUAGAAGUUUGGCUUAA